AUGUUGGUUUUAGAAGAGCAGCGAUAUAUUCACGAGGACCUAGAGCGCCUCGAACAGGGCAUCGCAGAUCGCAUCCGCGAGGACCCCAAGCAUAUUCGCGACAGACUCAAUCGCGAUCACGAAGUCGCACAGCUACUAGACCAAAUUCAAGCACAAUCCCAGAAUCUGCUGAACAUCUACAAAGACGAAUCCGGCAACAGGGCACAAGAGAUCCAGCAGAUUGGCAGCGGAGACCCCUUUGAAGAGUUUUAUCGCCAGUGGAAGGACGUUCGAGACCAUCACGCAAGAUAUCCCAACGAGCAGGCAGAGAACUCCGAGCAGCGAUACAAAUUAUCAAGACAUGGCGAUCCAUCAGAGCCCUUACCGUCCAUCGUCGACUCUCUAUUCUCAGGAGAAGAGGCUUACGGAAGAUUCUUUGAUCUGAAUACCUGCCACGAAGCCUUUCUAAAUCUACCAAACGUAAAACGUUUGACGUAUCUGCAGUAUCUGGAGCUGUUUGACAACUUUGCUCCUGGCUUCGCAGGCGUUAAGCGAAACGAGAAACUGACAGAUCAAUACUUCCAAUAUGUCGGUGAUUUAAGUGGCUAUCUUGAGUCAUUCAUGAGAAGGACUCGACCUUUGGAGAACGUGGACAAGAUUAUGCAGAACUUCGACCAGGAAUUCGAGGAGGUUUGGACCAAGGAUGAAGUAGAGGGGUGGAGUUUGGAGCAGGGAGCGUCGAAUUCAGCUAAACAGCGAACGGGAGACGCUAUAUGGUGCGACGACUGUGAGAAAGAAUUCAGCAACGAAAACGUCUACAAGAACCAUCUCACGGGGCGAAAACACAUCAAGGCUGCUGAGCAGCGAAGCCAACGGCAAGAAGGGUCUAAACCGGAAGCAAAUGGAUCUGGUAAAGGAACCGUUUCUGCGACCAGACUAAAGGAGCGAGCCGUGGCAGAGCGUGAAUACAGAGUCAAGCGAUUGGCCGGCGCCAUGAGCACUGAGCGAAGCGAUACUCGUGUCAAUGUUGAGCGUAAGCAGGGUAUGACGGAAAGAGAACGCCAGCAGGAGCUGGAGAACCUCCUAAAUGUCACUGAAACCCGGCAUGAGCCAACCGAGGAGGCCGACGGCGAAGGGGAAGACGGCGAGGAAAAGAUUUAUAACCCUCUCAAGCUUCCCUUGGCAUGGGAUGGAAAGCCCAUUCCCUUUUGGCUGUAUCGACUACACGGUUUGGGUGUGGAAUUCCCCUGUGAAAUCUGUGGGAAUUUCGUCUACAUGGGCAGGCGUGCCUUUGACAAGCAUUUCAACGAGGCACGCCACGUAUAUGGUCUGAAAUGUCUGGGUAUUGCCAACACCAGCUUAUUCAGGGAUAUCACAGGCAUUGAUGAGGCAAUGAGGUUGUGGGAGAAGAUUCAGAAGGAAAAGAGGAGGGGCAAGAUUGAUGAUGGUAGCGUCGUGCAGAUGGAGGACGGCGAGGGAAAUGUCAUGCCGGAGAAGGUCUAUUACGAUUUACAAAAGCAGGGUCUGCUAUAA